UCCGGUUGGCUGCUGUCCGAAGGUCGAGGUCUUGCGAGCUAUGGCUAUUUUUAACACGGAGAUAAAGAAGGAGGACAAUUACCCUAAAAUGUUGUUAUAUGUCACGAAAACAUGACAUAGUUAAUGGACGAAUAAAGAAAGAAGAUAUUUGUGUCAAAUGUUUGAUGGAAGGAAAAGGAGACAUGCUUGAUGGACGAGGAAACACGGAGGACUUUGGCUGCUACAGUAAUUACGAGCCUGCAAUGCAUGAAAGUAAUGUGGACUUUGUCAAACAUCCUGAUGCAAGAGCUUCUAGAACAGGAGAAUCUGAAUCUUCAGAAGGGGAGAAGAAGACAUGCACAUCCUGCACAGCGGCAGAAGAUCACAACACGAACGGUUCAUGGUCACAGAGGACCAUCUCUCGUUUAUUGCAAAGCACCUUCAAUCCCCGUAUGAGAUGGCUGUUCGAUUAUAGCGAGGAGGAUGAAGAGGAGGAAGAAGGAAACUUGGUCAUGGCCUACAACCUGGUGUCCCGGUCCUCUGCACGUCUGCUACGUUUGCAGCAGGUGCUUCUGAGUGUACCAAUGCUGUGGCAACAUGUCAGCGCUUCUUCCAAGGUCUGUGUCAAAGUCUGUUCAGCAGGCAGCGAGAUUCUUUUGAACGAACACUACCGAGCUCUGUGUAAGCUGAUGGAGCAGAGAUCAUUGCUGCUGUUCAUUCAUGAAUACUCCAGGAGGGCUCGUCUCACUGCUGCAUACAUCUCCAAAGUGGGCCAACUACUUGAAGAUCUCCUUAGGAAGUCACACUUGACUUCGAAGCAGACUCCACAUUUGUGCUCUUCAGUCGGGGUCCAUCUUAGCUCCUUGUGCCAGGAGUUCCGGAUCCAUGUCAACCACUGGUCUUGUCUGUCUGCAAAAGUCCAGUCAGACCGUUAUCUGAGGCGAGCUCUAAGCCAGCAGAACAAGUUGCUGGGAGACAUCAGACAGACUCUUGACUUGCUUGGACUGCAGGCACUGGUUUUGAUGGAACGUUAUGUGCAUGCUGUCCUGUCUGCUGUAGCGCAGUCUGAUUUGGACCACAUUCAAAAAGACGUCCUGGAAGAUAUUUUGGACAGUACAGACCUGUACAGCCAAGUAGUGGAGGAGCAGAGAUUACAACACAGCAUCACUGAGCUGAGAAGUCAAGUAUUACAACAAGGAUGUUAUCCCACCCAGAUGACCUGUCAAGGACAUCAUCACACUGCGGUCUCAGUCAAAGACCUGUUGCAUAUGUUUUCAGUCCAACAUGCUAACACGGCAGCUAUUCAGCUCCAUAACUGGGCCUCUAAGCAGUGUGUGUGUGUGUGUCAGUCACUAACUAAACAAGCCAGAUUUCCUUCACCAUCAAAUUGGGUGCACGACACAUUCUUUAUUUCUUGCUCCUCUAUUGGGACAUGCCAUCCUUACACUCCUGAACUUCAUGUGGAAAAAGAAAGACAUCAUCCUGAUUCAGACAAGACCAGCUUUUCUCCUAUCAAAGAGUCCAGUCAGGACCGCUCCAAAGUAGAGCUUCUUAUUAAUAUACUUGCUUCCUCCAAUGAUCUACUGGCUCCACUGUUCCGCCAAGCAGACGCAUCAAUAGCAGAAGCACCAAGUAUGCAGAUGUUACCCGGUGCUGUAAGCAAUGGAAAAGCAGAUCCAAAACAUGCAGCGUUAAAACAAAGCAUCAAGGAUUGCAGUAUCAAAGGAAAUGUCCAAGAAGUUGUUGAACUGGAGAUUACCUCUCGGCCAGCAGUCCAUUACAGCUCAGCCUCUGCACAGCAUGGCCCUGAAGAGGCUGUGGGAACAGAUGGUAAAACUGCUGAGCAUGAGAAUGCUGGGCGCCCUCGCUCCGUUCAGUGGUCGGACCUGGGUCAAUCAGUGGCAUUUGAUGAUCUGUUGGGACAGUACCAUGCGUUGCUGUGGGAUCGCUGCAGAAAAGCACUGUGGCUACAGAUGCAUGUGCCACAAGCAGGAAGACGUGCAGGCAGCUUCAACCUUCACGACAACCACAGGAACUUUCAAGUCCUACAGAUGAUUAUCCAGGCCUCAAAGACAGAUGAACUUCCAAAGGAGGGCAGAGCCAUGCUGGAGGAGUUCAGUCUAAGCAUGUUAGUCAGCACAGUACAUGCUCAGUGGGACUACGUGGUGUGCAGAAGUUUAGGUGCAGCUUUGAAAGACAAGUGUCAAACAUGUGUCAGUCAUCGUGGCAGGCCUUUGAUGCCAUCAUCAAAUCACAACGAGAGCAUGAUGAUGUCGAUGACUGCGGAAAACUUGCUGCAGCUUUUUCCACCUCUGCUGUCCUCUGUGUCCUACUGCAGCACACCAGGUUCUUUUGACUUCUUCCCAUCAUGGAGCACUUUCUGCAGAAGGACCAUUAACUUGAUGUUAGCCACAGUGCAACUAUCCACUGUGUGGAUCAUGUCUAAGGCCUACCAGUUCCUCUCUUCGUGGAGCCUAAACAAGUUCCUACUCAUUACACAAGGAGACCUCAAUAUGCUGAGAGAGUCGCUUGACACAAUGGUGCUACAGACUAAGUCCUUGAUGCUGAACUCCAACCAUCUGUCCACUCAUCACAUUCACAAGCAGCUUUUACUCAAACAGCAGUUGACAAAUCUUGAGAGUGCUGUAUCCCAACUGCAGGACUUUUCUUUUCUGGUUUUGGAGACGUUUUCCAAGGACUGCAAAAGAAUAUCUGCUGAUGUCUUUGAGCAAACCAUGCCCUCUGCUGGACACUGGAGACCUAACCACAGGCCAGCAGACUUUCCAAGCAGUCCCAGUGGGUAUGCAUCUCUAGCAGCUCAGAAUGUCAUUGGUCAGGUUUUGGAGGGUGUGACAUCACUGUCUGAUGACGCCCGCACCCAAGCUCUCAGUUUAAGCAUGACUGCCUUCAUGGAGGCAUGGAUGGAACACAUCCUGAAGCACAAGAUCAAAUUCAGUGUCCAGGGAGCGCUCCAACUCAAGCAGGACUUUGAUUCUAUCAAGGAAUUGAUCUGCUCAGACACAUACGCUCUGCCAGAGGAACUCCUUCGCCGAAUACUCAGCCUCAGAGUUUUUCAGCAAGUGGACUCUGCAGUUUUGUGCUUGCUUCAGCAGCCACAUGUCAAACCGUACCUGCACAGCAGAGCCUGGGAGCCUUUCACACACUGCUGUGCCUCUAAGAGUAGCACCGACAGCUUGAAUGCAGCAGUGGGGAGCAGUAUAAGUAAUCUGAGGGUGGUGGACAGAGACUACAUGACCCAAUCCGACCCUUCAGUUGUGACAACUGACAUCCCCUCGGUGGAUCCGUUUAUUCCUGGAGAGCCUUACCUUGCCCCAAGCUUGGCUCUGGGUGCUCGUCAGCAGCAGUGGUUGGACUUAAGAAUUCAGAACGGUUGUCGCCGCUGGAGGUUGCCAGGACUACAGUGUCUUUCUAGGUCGGAUCCCUAAACAGAACUCAGCCGAACACAACUAAAUGGUGCUUUGUCACAGGCAAUAACGAUCACUUGAAACGCACUUUUUAAUUAAAAAUAGUGUUAGAUCUUUGCACCGUUAUUUCAUUGAACCACAAAUAAACAUUUGAAAUGUGAAGGCUUUCAAAUAAAG